AUGACCUACAGAGCUGAAAGAAUGGUGAUUGUAACCCACUCUGUGUUUUUGGAUGUUGAAGAAGCAUCCAUAGGGACCCCAAAGGGGGCAUUCACGAAGAUAUUGCAAGCCCAGAAGAACAACACCAGCAAGGAGCUGACUAUUGAGCCAGAGAACCCAGUAUCAGAGAGAAACAGCGUGGACUUCCCAUGCCACAUGAGUGAACAGCCGGACUUCAACGAUGGAAGUGACGUUAUUAGUGCACUGAUUUAUCUAUUGCCUUAUUUCUCAGAGGAAAAUCUACAAAAUCAGUUUGAAAUUCAGCUGAAUCAGCAGCUACAGCCCCUCAUCCCCAACACUGACGUGAGAAGGCUCAUUUCUCACGUCAUCCGCACUCUGAAAAUGGACUGCUCUGAGGCCCAGGUGCAACUGCCCUGUGCCAAGCUCAUCUCCAAAACAGGCAUCCUGGUGAAGCUCCUCAGUGAGCAGCAGGAAGAAAAGAUAGCCAAGGAAGAAUGGGAUACAGAGCAGUGGAGGACUGAGACCUAUAUCAAUGAGAGUACAGAAGCCCCGAGUGGACAGAAAGAGCAGGAGUCGAGUAAGCUCGCAAAAGGAGCUCAAGAUCAUGGCUAUCACAACAAGCUCAUCGUGGCAAUAUCUGUGAGAGUGGUCACGAUGCUGGUUAUCAUAUUCUGUCUCAUUGAGGUAAGGACGACUCGUUCAGAUUUCCAGAGUGCAUCCUUCCUUUGUAAUAGAUUCGGAAUCCACAGACCGAACAUCAAAGCCACUUUCCACAUUUACUCUCAUAGAGGAAGAGGAAGAGAAGACAUAGAAAAAGCUUCAACACCCCCGCUGCCUAUGUCUUUUAUUCACACCUUCUCAGACCUUUUGUCUCUCCCUGUUAUGGGCUUUUUCCAGCUGAGGUGGCCACUCUGGCUGAGGCAUCUGCUCAGUCCUUUCGGUGGCACACGCAAGAAAGCCGAGGACUUGCCCCUGUACAAGGAGCCUUCCAUAAAGGAAGAGCUUUUCGACAAGGAUGCAGGGGAGCUCAGCGAGGGCCCCGCUGAAAAGAUGCCACCUCCAGAGUCCUUGGCAGAAGGUGAAGAGAGCGAAGCCCCCGAGGAAAACAUGGAGUGA